AUGCAGAAGCGAGGAUUUCCAAUCUCCACGAGCCUCGACAAAUUCAAAUCGCUGUACGGUACCACAUCGGGAACUGUGAAGCCAUUAUCAUCGCUCUCCGCGCGUCAAACUUCGGAUUCCGUUUCGUCAGGGAGUUUCGCCAAUCUGAAGCUAACCGCAGAGAAAUUGGUGAAAGAGCAAGCAUCGGUGAAGACUGAUCUUGAUAUUGCGAAUACUAAGCUAAAGAAAUCUCUGGAGCAUAUCCGUGCAUUAGAAGAAAAAUUGCAGAAUGCCUUCAACGAUAAUGCGAAGCUGAAAGUGAAGCAGAAGGAAGAUGAGAAACUAUGGAAAGGACUUGAAUCUAAGUUCUCAUCGACUAAGACUCUGUGCGAUCAACUUACUGAGACUCUACAACAGUUGGCUGGUAUAGUUCAGGAUGCUGAGAAAGAUAAGGAAACAUUGGAAAAUAAACUCUCAGCUAGUUCAGAAGCUCUUGUGAGUUUGAACAAACAGAUGGAUGGUUUGUCUUUGAAGCUAGACUCUACACAGGAAACAAUAAAAUCUCGUGACAAUGAGCUAGAGAAGCUAAAGUUCUCUGCAAAAGAAAGGGAGAAGUUUCACAGCGAUGAAAAGUUCAGAGCUGCCAAUCUUAUACAAGAGAAGGAUACCAUGAUAAAGAGUUUAGAAGACAUGUUAACUUCUAAUAGAUUGGAUACAGAGACUUUGAACACAAAGUUGGGAGAGCUUCACCUUCAACUAGAAGUCAAAGAUGAAGAAAUUACACAUCGCAUAGCCUGUCAACAGAAAUUAGAUAAAGAAAAAAGUGAUCUUCAAUUAUGCAAUGCUGAUCUUACUGAAAAGCUUGGCAAGUCACUUCAGGAAAUCAAAAACCUUGAAGGAUCACUUCAGUCGAUGGCUGCACAUUUGUUGAAUUUAGACAAAGAAAGCUUGAACCUUGUGAGCAAGUUUAACGAAUUGGACUCUCUCUAUACUUCUUGCUUCACGUUGGUCCAGCACGAAAGAGACACUUUCUCGAAGCAUGCUCAAAACAAGUAUGAUGAGCUUCAUAAUAAGUUCUUGGUCUUGUCAUCCGAAAAAGAUGGAAUUCAUAUGAUAAAUCAAGAGCUAAGCAAUAGUUUGGAUGAUCUUCGCAAAGUCCAAGAGUCUACUUUAGCACAGUAUGCAGAGGAUUGUCGAUUAUCUGCCGAGAAAAUUCAGCGGUUGGAGUUAGAAGCGGAAGAUUCAAUCUCAAAGAAGGCAGAAGCAGAAGUAACUAUUUCCAAAUUAGAGGAGAAAGCUGAAAUUCUGUUAGAGAGUGUUAGAUCAUCGGAGAACCAAAUGCAAGGUUUACUACUCAAAAUUUCAGCUUUAGAGACUGAAAGCAAAGAAAAUAUGGAAAGAAUGCAGGCAGACAUAUUGAAGAAGUCAGAGGAAAUUGAUACUCUGCAAAAGGAGAGGAUGAAAGUAGAGGAACAUGCAGACUCUUUUGACAAAGAAGUCAUACAGCUACGUAAAGUCUUAGAGGAAAAAGAACAAUGCAUUUUGCACCAUAAGGAACAGGAAAAAAAGCUGGAAGAUCAAAUCACAGAGAACCGGUCAUUAUUAACUGCUGCUGAAAGUAAACUUGCAGAAUCUAAAUAUCAAUAUGAUCAAAUGGUAGAAGACAAAAAGUUGGAAUUGUCAAAGCAUUUAAAAGAAAUAUCUCAGAGAAAUGAUCAGGCUAUUAAUGACGUUAAAAGGAAGUAUGAAAUAGAGAAAAAGGAAAUUGUCAACAUGGAAAAAGACAAGGCUGACAAGGCUAUUGCAGAAAUUGAGGGAAGGCGUGACCAAAAACUUGCAGAAUGCAAAGAAGAAUCAAGGCAGCAGUUGAUGCAGAUUCAGGAGGAACACACUAAGCUGGUUACUCAUAUGCAGCAGGAACAUGAUAAGAGGCAACUAUGCCUGCAAGCUGAACACAGUGAACAGCUAAAGCGUACCCAACUGCAGGCUGAAAAUGAACUAAGAGAGAAAACAACAUUUAUGAGGAAGGACCAUGAAGCUCAAAUUAAAGCAUUGAGGUGUGAACUUGAAGAUGAGUGUCGGAAGCUGGAAGAGGAAUUGCAUCUCCAGAAAUCCAAAGAAGACAGGCAAAGGGCUUUGCUGCAGCUGCAAUGGAAAGUGAUGAGUGACAAGCCAAAAGAAGACCAAGAGGUUAAUUCAAAACAGGAAUACUCCGUUUCAUCGAUUAAGAGAAGGAGUUCUUUUGGUGGGAAAGUAAAUCAGCAUGAAAUGGAAUCUCCUUACGUAGAAGAAACAGAAGCACCAGUCCCUAAGUUGUUGAAGAAAGUGGAAAGCGUAAAAGCAGGAAAUGCAGGUGGCAUUCCUAAGCAUCAUAGAAAGGUAACUCGCCGUGAAUAUGAAGUUGAGACUUCUAAUGGAAGAACAAUUACAAAGAAAAGGAAAACAAGAAGUACUCUCUUGUUUGAGGAUCCAAGAAAACAAAAGAUAAAUACACCAAAAACAAAUACCCCUAGAACAGUUGUUAAGAGUAUAAGGGCUGAAGGCCAUCCCCGUCCUUCAACUAUCGGUGAUUUGUUUUCAGAAGGUUCUCUAAAUCCAUAUGCAGAUGAUCCUUAUGCAUUUGAUUAG